AUGAGAGCGCUGCUGAGACCUUCUGGUCCUUUCAGAUGGGGCCAUACGCCGCGUGCAAGGUCCACAGGCUUGCACCUCCGGUCCUUUGCUGCAGUGGCCGAUGCGACCAGACCGUAUGAUGUGGUGGUUAUCGGAGGAGGCCACGCCGGCACAGAAGCCAGUGCUGCCGCUGCCCGAUCGGGCGCGCGAACGGCGCUGGUGACCCCCUCCCUAUCGAAUCUGGGCGUUUGCUCCUGCAAUCCAAGUCUUGGUGGCAUCGGUAAAGGGACGAUGUUGCGGGAGAUUGACGCUCUAGACGGGGUCGCUGGGCGGGUAGUCGACAAAGCUGGUAUACAGUUCCGGAUCCUGAAUAAGAGAAAAGGCCCCGCGGUCUGGGGUCCCCGGGCGCAAAUCGAUCGCGACCUCUACAAGAGAUAUAUGCGCGAGGAAAUGCUGGCAACACCAAAUCUAAGUGUUCUCGAGGGCAAGGUCGCCGAUAUAAUUGUCUCGCAGGACGAUCUCGAUCCGAAGAGCACCAUCUCCAAAGGCCGCAUUACUGGGGUACGCUUGGAAGACGGUCAAAUCAUUCCGGCAUCACAUGUGGUUAUCACCACCGGGACAUUCCUUGGGGGAGAAAUACAUAUUGGUCUAGAAGCCUACCCUUCGGGAAGGAUGGGUGAAGCUGCCACUUUUGGUUUGAGCAAGUCGCUACGGAAAGCGGGUUUCACUCUAGGACGACUGAAAACAGGGACUCCACCACGAUUGGACCGAGACACCAUUGACUUCAGUGCCUUAGAGGUUCAGCCUGGUGAUUCUCCGCCGGCCCCCUUUUCAUAUCUCAACAAGACUGUUCAGAUAAGCGACGAAGGACAAUUGAGCUGCUGGACUACCUACACCAACGAAGCAUCGCACGACAUCAUCCGGGCCAAUCUUGACAAGUCUAUACACAUUCGAGAAACUGUGAAGGGGCCUCGGUAUUGUCCUUCUCUCGAGUCCAAAAUCAUCCGCUUUGGCCACAAGCCCAGGCACAUGAUCUGGCUGGAACCAGAAGGUUUCGAGCCAAACAACAUCAUUUACCCAAAUGGUAUCAGCAUGACUGUACCAGCCGAUGCCCAGUAUGCUAUGUUGAGGACGAUUCAGGGCUUGGAGAAUGUCAAAAUGCUCCAGCCAGGAUACGGCGUGGAGUAUGACUACAUCGAUCCCAGAAACCUCUUUCCGACACUGGAGACGAAGUUGAUCCAGGGUUUGUACCUAGCUGGUCAAAUCAAUGGUACCACUGGAUACGAGGAAGCAGCGGCGCAAGGUAUCAUCGCGGGAAUCAACGCUGGUCGCGCAUCUCAGGGAAAGGGCUCCUUCACAUUGUCGCGGUCAGAGGCAUUCAUCGGUAUCCUCAUCGACGAUUUGAUCACCAAAGGAGUCAGUGAGCCGUAUCGUAUGUUCACUGCCAGAAGUGAAUAUAGAAUGAGUUGUCGCUCAGACAACGCAGACCUUCGGUUGACAGAGAAGGGACGAGAGGCGGGUGUUGUUGGCGACAAACGCUGGGCACACUUCAGCAGUAUCCGAGAUCAGAUGGCUGAGCUGCAAAAGGGCCUAGAAGAAGCUCGAUUUUCAAGUCAAGAGUGGCAGAGACUUGGUAUACAGUCGCGCAUUGAUUCGACCAAGAAGAGUGCAUUCGACUUGCUCCGCUCACCAGGCGUCACCAUUGAUCUGCUAUCCGGUCGCAUCGAUAGCUUGCCGUCGGCCUCCAACUAUGAAGACAAUGUCAAAGCGCGAGUACAGAUCGAAAGCAUUUACGCACCCUAUAUCGGGUAUCAGCAAAGGGCAGCCCUGGCAUUUGAACGAGACGAGUCAUUGGAGCUGCCUUUGGACAUUGAUUACGACCAAAUUCAUGGUCUUAGUAUGGGUGAGCGAGAGGUACUCAAGCUUGUGAGGCCUUCAAGUGUCGGGAUGGCGCGGAGGACUGAAGGUGUUACUCCGGCCGGAGCCCUGCGACUCCUGAAGCAUGCGAAAAGAGCUGGAUCUUUGGUCUCCAGUGUGUCCAGAGACCCUCCUGUUGCCAGCGAGGAAUUGCUCCAAACAGAAAGAGCCGGCGCAGAGGGGGGCAUCGGUGCCGUGUGA